AUGGAUCAGCACCAGGAAUACACCAACAACGCCUCAAACAUCUACAGCUCCGGAAACGCCAUGAGUGGCUCCUUAGCCGGCAUGACCAUCAAUGACCUGCACCACCAGGAGAAUGGAGUUCAGAUGGGACACAGAAGCCCUGGAGAUGGUCCAAUGAAAGAAGAGGAGGAGGAGGAGGAGGAGGAGGAAGCUGUACGAAAUGAGAUUGUGGUUAAAGUAAAGUCUGAGCUCAAACAACCAGAGAGCACCUGCUGUGCCGGAGAUGUGCAGCCUGGUGUCUCUGAGGAGAAUAAGGUUUCACCCGAGGCAACCGGACAGCCUGCAGAGAACAGUGCCGUUGAAGCGGCAUCUGAGCUCUCACAACAGCAGAGUGACCCAUGUGAAGAUGAGGUGCAGCUGGGUGCCUCUGCGCCUGGAGGAGCAGCUUCAACAGCUCAAGCGAAGCAAAAUGACGCUAUGGAAAAGAAGACACAAACGUCCACCAAAACUAGAACAACCUCUUCCCUUAAAAGACCAUCCCCAGUCACCGCGGGCACCAAAACAAACGCAUCCUCUCGAAAUGGCCACAGCUCAAUCCCUGCUAAGGCCAGCAACACAGGGCACAGGCAGCCCCGAACUCCUGGUGGUGCAAGACCUCAAGCCCCAGGAACCAAGAUUCCUGCUAAAACAGGUCAAUCAGCUAGCACCAAGAAACCACCCACUCCAAAAAACAAUAAAGAUGCUGCGAGUGGACAGAGUAGUCCUGGUACUCCCAAGUCCCCCUCUAGCCAAACAGGUCCUGGGAAGUCCGUGGCCGAGGCCAAUAAAGUGAAGAAGAUAGCGGUGGUUCGCUCCACACCAAAGUCCCCAGGCUCCCUGAAGAGCCGUCAGGCUGUUCCCCUGGCCGCUGCAGCGCCCCUGCCAGACCUGAAGGGUGUCAAGUCAAAGAUUGGUUCCAUAGACAACAUCAAACACCAGCCUGGUGGUGGCAAAGUCCAAAUCCUUGAUAAGAAGUUGGACUUGACCAAUGUCCAGGCUCGUUGUGGCUCUAAAGACAACAUAAAACACACACCUGGUGGAGGAAAGGUUAAAAUAUUUGAGCAGAAGAUGGACUUUAGUAAUGUCCAGUCUAAGUGUGGCUCCAAAGACAAUAUCAAACGUGUCCCUGGAGGUGGAAAUGUACAAAUUGUUGAAAAGAAGUUGGACUUAAGCAAUGUGCAGUCCCGGUGUGGCUCCAAAGAUAAUAUAAAACAUGUACCCGGUGGUGGCAAUAUUCAGAUUGUGCACAAAAAGAUUGAUCUGAGCAGUGUUACCUCGAAAUGUGGCUCCAAGGUCAAUAUUCACCACAAGCCAGGUGGUGGAAAUGUUGAGAUCAAAAACGAGAAAGUGGAUUUUAAGGUCCAAUCUAAGAUUGGCUCUCUUGACAACAUCGGCCAUGUGGCUGGAGGCGGACUGAAAAGGAUUGAGACCCACAAACUGAAUUUCCGUGAGACGGCCAAGGCCCGCACCGAUCACGGUGCUGAGAUCGUCUCCCUGGAAGACUCACCCCACCAGCUCAGCACCGUCUCCUCCUCCGGCAGCAUCAACAUGGCGGACUCCCCGCAGCUCUCCACGCUGGCUGACCAGGUGUCCGCCUCCUUGGCCAAACAAGGCUUGUGAAUGCGCACCGUUCCAGAGGCCUCAGCCACACUUUUCACGUAGAGGAGUUGUGAUGCCUUCCUAGUCAUUUUCACAGGACUUUUUUUUAGCUACCCGUCACUGUUUUAUCCUUCACUAACAUUUGAAACUGUUUUUGAGGCAUUAC